CCUACUACUGUGCUAACGGUGGCUGGAGCGGCUGGGGUAGGGGGGGCUUGAAGCAGAGGGUGUGUCAAGUCAAAUGCCGUUUGCAUUCCUAAAGAGCAUAUAAACCCAGAUCUAAGAAGCGUGUAUAAGAGACAGAGGAACUGGCAAGAAAAACUGUUAAACCUAAUAAUAAAAGAACGGAGAUCCAUUGAAAACUUUAAAACGUAAUUCAAACUUUUUUGGUGAAUCAAGAAGCCAUCACCCAAGACAAAAAUGCCAGGAGCCCGAUUGACUGUGAGUGGUUCUGAUGUGGGCCGUUUCCAUGGCGUCGCCCCGACCACAGUGCAGGUAACCAACCAGAAGGAGGCGGAAUCUAAUUCUAAGGAGCAGGGUGGCUGUCGCCGUUGGUUUCAGAAGAUGUGCCCCUGCUGCUGUGACGCCCAGAGCAGCUCGUAUGACAUCACAGACACAGUCGUCACAGACGACGGGGUGAAACCGGCCACGCUCCCCGAGCCCCCUCAGCCCCACACUGGAGACAACGAGCUGGAAGAGCUGAUGUUGUCAGUGCGCUCGGUGGAUCUACUGAGCUCUAAGACGGGUCAGAACCGCCUGGAGCAUCACACCAACCUUUAUCAUGGCAAUGAGCUCAUCAUCCGACGUGGCCAGACGUUCCAGAUAGAACUGGACCUGUCGCGACCUUUCAACUCCAAUACAGACAAACUCCACCUGGACCUCAAGACAGGACCCCUCCCCAUGGUGUCUAAGGGCACGCACAUCAUAAUUCAAUUGGUGGAGGAGCUGGCGGAUGACAGCUGGGAGGCCAAGAUCAUGAAGCAGAACGGCAACAGGAUCAAGCUGUCCGUCAACUCGCAUCCCAAAGCCGUGAUUGGCCAGUACAAGCUAACCGUGAUGGUGCAGUGCCCUAAGCGGGAGGCGGCCAUCACACACGACCCCAGCAAAAACGUUGUCAUGCUGUUCAACCCCUGGUGUGAAGAUGACACAGUGUACAUGGAUGACGAAGAGGAGAAGAAGGAGUAUGUGCUGAAUGACACAGGAAGACUCUACUACGGUACAGAGACACAGAUUGGAGCUCGCACAUGGAACUAUGGACAGUUCCUUGAGGGGAUGCUGGAGGCCUGUCUCUAUGUGCUGGAGAAGUGUGAGAUCCCGCCGUCUGGUAGAGGAGACUCUGUGAACGUGGUCAGAGUCAUAUCUGCCAUGAUCAACUCCCCAGAUGACAAUGGGGUCCUGGCAGGAAACUGGUCAGGGAACUAUGUAGGAGGAGUUUCCCCUACAGCCUGGAGUGGCAGUGCGGACAUCCUGAUGCAAUACCACAAGGAGGGAGGCCAGCCUGUCAAAUACGGACAGUGCUGGGUCUUCUCUGGCGUUACCACCACAGUGCUCAGGUGUCUGGGUAUACCGUGUCGUAGUGUAACAAACUUCCAGUCCGCCCACGACACAGACGUCUCACUUACCACAGACGUGUAUUUUGAUGAGAAUAUGGAGCCGUUGGACCACCUCAACUCUGACUCUGUUUGGAACUUCCAUGUAUGGAACGACUGUUGGAUGUCCAGGCCAGACCUUCCUUCUGGUAUGGGUGGCUGGCAGGCGCUAGACUCCACCCCCCAGGAGACCAGCCAGGGGACCUUCCGCUGUGGCCCCGCCUCUGUCACCGCCAUCCGCACUGGCCAGGUCUACCACAAAUAUGACACGCCCUUCAUCUUCGCUGAGGUGAACAGUGAUAAGAUCUACUGGCAGAGGAACCUGGAUGGUACCUUCACUCAGAUCCACAGUGAGAAGAAGGCUGUGGGACACUUCAUCAGCACCAAAGCUGUGGGCUCUGAUGAACGUGCUGACAUCACACACCUGUACAAACACACCGAAGAAUCAGAGGAGGAGCGCAUCGCUGUGGAGACGGCCAGUCGCUAUGGCACCAGGCCUGAUGUGUACUCCACGCCGAUGGCGGAGGACGUGAGCGUGGAGGUGAAGAUGGAGGGGGAGGGGCCUCGUAUGGGGGAAGAUGCCCAGCUGACCAUCGUGGUGACCAACCUGAGCUCCCAGCCGCGCAGGACCACACUCCACAGCCAGGUGGCCGUCAUGUACUACACCGGGGUGCUGAAGGGAAUCGUCCAAAAGGACAAACUACCUGUGGAACUCAUGCCCAAUGAAGUGAAGACCAUGCAGUGGGUCCUACCCUACCAGAGCUACCAGAACCAGCUGGUGGACCAGGCUGCUCUGAUGCUGACUCUGUCUGGACGGGUCUCUGAGACCCAGCAGGUCCUGGCCACUCAGAACAACUUCAGGCUCCGCACACCUGACCUCAACAUCGAGCCUGUAGGGAACGCGGUGGUGGGUAAGGAGAUGGCAGCCAAGAUCACGUUCACCAACCCUCUGCCACAUAAACUGAGGGGUGUUGUGUUCAGGGUGGAGGGAUUGGGCCUGCAGAAGGUCCACAAGGUGGUUGUGGGUGAUGUUGGAAGCCACUCCACGGUGACUCUGACAGAACACUUCAUCCCUACCCAGGCUGGGCCCAGGAAGCUGGUAGCGGCUCUGGACUGUAAACAGCUAACACAGGUGCACGGCGUCGCUGACAUCCACGUCCAGAACCAAUGAGAGGGAGCCUGCAGCUCUCUCCUGUCCACUUACCUGGCCUUUCAUUCAAGUCUCAUCAAAGAAAAUGGGAAACCUUUUAUUCAGUUCUCCCAUGACUUGAAUAUAAGGAUUGUUUGAUAUAUUUGAUAUUUCAUGCUGACAUGUAAUGAUGGAAAUAUCCUGAUCUUUGGAUGAAGUUGUAAACUAUUGUUAACCAGCGCUAAUGUUUUUGACACUCACGUAAUAUCCUAGUUACCAGUGUGCCUUGCUCUGAAAUGGAUUUGUUGUUACUGUAAGGGCUGUCCACACCUAUAAAGAAGAAACAUCAAACUAUUGUUAGGGCAUUGAAAUGGUUUGUGAAAAAUCCUGUGGUAAAUGUAAUUAUCUAGCUGCACAUGAUCUAAUAUUACUGUAUUUUUGAACAAACGAUGUCAUAGUGCUGUCAUAAAAACAUUUUAUAAAUGCACAGUAUAUAAGCAUUAUAGUACAAUUGUUAGUGUUCAAGUAUGUAUUGUAUCAACAUGUUAGACAAUGUAUGUAGCAUAACAUGUCGGUCAAAUUGCAUCUUACAGGGCUUAUAUGAAGGUGAAGCACUAGUUAGAUUUUAUGAGGGUUAUACCUAAAAAGGUCCUUCUAAAUGUGUGUUUAUGUUUGUGAAAAAACGAGUCAGUGUUAUGGCCCAUUCAUUGGUCAUUGUGGUUCCUUGCCGUAAAGUGCUCUUAUGAAACAAACAGUCAGCUCCUGAGCAUUAAGCCUUUGUUGACCUUGCUCUGCUCUCCUAGUGUUAAUGAGUUUGUUUUUUAUAUACCCCUGCACAUAAAAUACAAGGAAGGAAACUAUUUUAAAGAGUUACAUUUUUAUUGUAUUAAUUUAUCAAUAUACAUUUUUUUUUUUCUAUUGUCAAUAUAUUUGCUAAUAAAACAACUACAGAGUGA